GCUCGGAAAGGUGCGAUCCCUGCAGGGAGGGAAAGCUGGGAGCCGUUCUGGCAGGGGAUGUCACUCGCGGGCAGUGACCCGCAUGCCACAUCACUGAGCGUAUUCUGGGCCCUGCCCAGCUCCUUCCCAGCCUGGAGUGAGCCCAGAGGAGACCAGGUUGUGCUGAAAGCAGCCAGAACCUGCCUCAGUUGGCGUGGGAACUGGAGGUUGUCAUGCAGAACCCCCUCGUUCCCUUGGACAGCCCGGGAGGCCAAAGCAGCACCCUGAACUCACAGCGCAGAAACGAGCACCCUGGGAACAGCUAUGGCAUUAAUAAAAGGAGCUCCGAGCAGGAUUUACAGGGCUCUGUUUCCUGGACAAACGCGUCUCAGUGUCCCUUUUGUCAUGAGAAACCUUGCUGUGCCAAGAUCCCUCGCCUCGUUAGGAGCCAAGCGAGGAUCCCCUGAGGCCAGGGAAGUUUAUUUGCAAUCGCCAAGAAGAGAAACACGCUGUUGCUCAAGCCUGGCAAGGAGCUGUUCUGUCCGAGCCGCCGAUCACAGGAGGAAAGAGCCUGUUUGUCCGUGUGAAAUGGGCCGAGAAAUCGGGAUCCCCAGCGCUGAGCGGGAGGCUGGACUCGAGCAAAGGCAGAAUGUGGCGCUGGGUCCCAGGUCCUGCAGCCAGGCCACCAAGUGGGGUGUCUCCCCUUCUCCCUGGACCCAAGCCCUGGCUCAGCUGUGGUAGAAGCAGCUCCCUGGAUUGUACAAGAUCUCCCUCUGCAGCAGGAACAGGAGGCAGCACCAAUCUGCAAACCAAGUGUGCAACACAACAUAACUGCAAGCAAACGUGCCAGGGGCUGUAUCAGCUGGCUGUACCCCCAGAGAUAAACUUCCACUUCUCUUUUGGGAGGAACCAACCAUGAGGGGCCUGGCAGGUGUCCUGCUGUGCUCAUUGCUGCUGCUGGCCCUACACUCCACAAGGGUGGCUGCCCAGGACACCCAGCCUGACCCCAAAAUGCCAUGUGCCAACUGGAUGGGAGGAGCACCCGGCUACCCUGGCCACAACGGCGUUCCUGGCCGGGAUGGGAAAGACGGAAGAGAUGGACUAAAGGGAGAUAAAGGAGAUGAAGGUCCAGCAGGUCCCAAAGGUGAACCAGGCCCAGCUGGAAGCCGAGGCUUUCCCGGACCUCCCGGAUCUCCUGGAAUUCCUGGAAUCCCAGGGCAGAAGGGCAAAGAUGCUUUUGUGCACCGUUCUGCCUUCAGCGUAGGGCUGACGGAGCGGAGCCCUGCCCCCAACGUGCCCAUCCGCUUCAGCAAGAUCUUCUACAAUGAGCAGGGCCACUACGACCCCAGCACGGGCAAGUUCCUCUGCAGUGUCCCUGGCACCUACUACUUUGCCUACCACCUCACGGUCUACCUGUCAGAUGUCAAGGUCAGCCUCUACAGGAAGGACAAGGCUGUGAUCUUCACCUACGACCAGUUCCAGAACAACAACGUCGACCAAGCGAGUGGCUCUGUCCUGCUGCACCUCAGCUCCGGGGACGAGGUCUGGCUUCAGGUGUAUGGGAACGGGGACAAAAAUGGGGUCUAUGCUGACAACCUCAACGAUUCCACUUUCAUGGGCUUCCUGCUGUACCCCGACCCAGAAAACUACUAAAGCUGGGGGAAAAAGAGGUGGCUUAACCCCAGACGUGUCCUGGGGCACUGGCGCUAUAGCUAUCACGUAUUUACCAGAAAAUUGCCUUUUGCAAGGGCAACGACUGCCAAGGAGGGACUCUUUCUCCUGUGAAAUCAGUGGGAUCAUACCAGUACUUCCAUGGAACCAAGAGUUCACUCCCACUUCUGCUCUUGCUUUCCUGUGGAAACCUCAGCCCAAAGUCAAAUAUCACUCCUGCCAUGUCAUGGAAAACUCUCAACAUGGCUUAACCUUCCUUUAAAUGUAAAAGUGAGAAGAGAAAAAUUGGUUGCAUUUAAACAUGACAUUCUAAACUUCCCUUUUUUAGCCACCUAAAUUAGUUUAAACGAAUUGUAGAAAUUUUAGUCAGCAUUUUAAAGUUUGAGUAGAAGAGGGAAAAUACUACUCACAAAAGCAGAGUGCUGUUGUCUUCAGCUGGAACAGAUAGCUCAGUUUUUUGUAACUCCCACUUUGACUUCCACUCCUGGUUUGUUGUCUCCCGUCUUUUAGCUCAGAUCUUUGAAUAUAUUCACUGAUGUUAAUCCUUUGAAUUUCUUGUUAUGUUUAUCCCCUACUGUUAACUGUAAUGUAGACAGCAGGCUGGUCCAGGGCAGGGAUCUUCUCUUGUGAUUUAUCCGAGAAGCCUUGUGAGCACCGCUGAGGCCACACAACAAAAGCAGCCCAUUGACUGUGUGGUUCUGGAGGGUCUUGAGGUGACCACAAAGAUCCUGUCCCAUCUCCCCUCUAAACAGCUCCCAAAUGCAGCCAGAAGUUGGGAUCUAUCAGCUGUAUUUGUACUCUUCCAGGCCCUAAGUGUGCCAUAAGCCAUGGUUUGCCCACCAGCUGGGCAGAGCUUCAGGGGGUGUUGAAGCCUCUCAUGUGGGGUGGGCUCCUGGGAUGAACACCCCCUAUCCCUGCCCCAGCUUUGAGAAAGGUUACCUGAAUGCAGAAGAAUGUUAAGGCUGGAAUUAGUGUCAAUCCCAUCAAACUGCUCUCCAAGGAGCUUGCUUGACUUUUAGCUAAAAGAGGAUUCGAUGGUUUCUCAGAUACAUUCAAAGAAGAUUCCUGCUACUAAGCUUCAGAACAAGCUAACACAAAUCAGAGCUAAUGCAGUAUUACAAGCACAAAACAGCAUUAAGAGCUUCAACUGAAAUUAUUUGCAACAUCAUUUU